CUAUGUUUAAUCAUGGACCAGGACACACAUGAUGUGUCCAUGAAUUCCACCAUUACCUAUGUUUAAUCAUGGACCAGGACACACAUGAUGUGUCCAUGAAUCACUCCAAUAUUUAUGUUCAAAUCUUGGCCCUGGAUAUACAUGAGUGUCUAAGUCUAUGGAUUCCAUCAAUACUUAUGUUUAAUUUAAGAAUCUGGAUACCCAUGAAGUGUCCAUGGAUUCCAUCAUUACUUAUAUUCAAAUUAAGGAUCUGGAUACGCAUACAGUGUCCAUGGAUUCCACCAUUACUUAUAGGCCCUAUCCAAAUUAAGGACCUGGACAUGCAUGCAGUGACCAUGGAUUCCCCUAUUACUUAUAGGCCCUAUCCAAAUUAAGGACCUGGACAUGCAUGCAGUGUCCAUGGAUUCCCCUAUUACUUAUAGGCCCUAUCCAAAUUAAGGACCUGGACAUGCAUGCAGUGUCCAUGGAUUCCCCUAUUACUUAUAGGCCCUAUUCAAAUUAAGGACCUGGACAUGCAUGCAGUGACCAUGGAUUCCCCUAUUACUUAUAGGCCCUAUCCAAAUUAAGGAUCUGGACAUGCAUGCAGUGACCAUGGAUGCCACCAUUACUUAUGUUUAAAGAGGCUGGAUACACAUCCAGUGUCCAUCAUUACUUAUAUUCAAAUUAAGGAUCUGGAUACGCAUGCAGUGUCCAUGGAUUACACCAUUACUUAUGAAUAAAUUCAUACAUCACAAUUUUCAUUAUAUCUUAGCAGUUGCUUGUAAGAAUCAACCCUCUCCAUUUCCCCACUCAUGAUGUAACAUAUAACCUGAAAUUGUCCAUGCUAUCCAUUUUAAGCAUGAAAUCCAACUAAACGGAUGCCUUACAUUUUCAAUAUUAUCAUGUAUUUAUAUUUUUGUCUUGGCUUCCAGGGCAUAUUUGUAUGCAUGUCAUAAUUGAUUCAAUGAAGAUUGAACAUGUACAAGAAAUAUGUACAUUGCAAUAUCAAUUCCUAAAAAUUAUGAUCCCACA